AUGUCAGAAACGGGAAGUGUUAUCAAAGACAUUGAUCUAGUCGAAUCUCUAAAACGUUGGCAACAUCCCUGGCUGCUGAGCCAUCGAGUCAAUCUACACGACCAGCUCAAGAAGCUUGCAACGGGCCCGGACGGCAUUGGCGCUCCCGCAAAGCUGCACACUUCUUCCAAGGUGGUCCAAGUCGAUCCUGAGAGCGGUACUGUUAAGCUAGAAGAUGGCACAACGAACUCUGCUGAUCUUGUCAUUGGCGCUGACGGUAUCUUUUCAAUCACAAGAGCUUGUAUCAAAGACGCCGAGCUCUUCGGUUCGGGGAAGGCGGCUUUCCGUUUCUUGAUACCGCGCAAACUUGCUCGAGAUGACCCAGUUACAAAACACAUUGGUGAGAACGAGAAUACGUUGCUCAUGUGGUAUGGGCAAGAUCGCCGCGUUGUAGUUUACCCGUGCAAUGACAACGAUCUGUUCAACUUUGUCUGCAUCCAUCCCGAUACUGAGUCUCAUGCAACUCCAUCCGAUGAGUGGAACAAGCAAGGCUCGAUCGAACAAGUUCUAAAAGUCUACAAAGACUUCGACCCAGCUCUAUUGGCACUAAUAAAGAAGGUCAAUCCUGAAGUCGUAAAAGUAUGGCAGUUGCUCGAUAUGGAAAAACUGUCUACGUGGACUAAAGGCAAACUUGCUCUCAUUGGUGACGCCGCGCAUCCUUUUACACCACAUCAGGGGCAAGGUGCCGGCCAAGCAAUAGAAGACGCAGCAACGAUUUCGACUGUGCUGCCCAAGGGUACAGCCCCUGAAGCGGUUGGAGAACGACUCAAGUUGUACGAGCAAAUAAGAUACAAGAGAGCUCAUGCUAUCCAAGAAUACUCGCGCCAAGCAGGCAAAGACUGGAAGGAUGGAAAACCAGAGAUUGACAUGAUGGCUUACACGAACCACAACUUCGGCCACGACGAGCUCGAUAAUUCAGCCAAUAUAUUUAAGCGGUGGAAGUGGGCUAAGAAGACGAACAUGUACUGGAGGAUGCCGAUUGCCUUUGGUCCAUUCCCCGGACCGCGGCAAGACGCCUACGGCCGGAAUCUGAAGGAGGGACCAACGAGGAGUUUCCGAACAACUUCAAUCAAGUUCAAGACCUCGAGAACAUUCCUUGAAACACUCUUUCCGACCGAGUCCUUCAAAUUCAAGAAUGCGGACACGAUAUGUCUGGCCAGCUUUUCGCUCACAGAGCUGAAUCAUAUGCAAUGGCUCGGCGGCGAAGGGUAUCUCAACCUAGGGCUGUUCGUCCACGGUGUCGAGUACCAGAAGAAGGACGGGACGACAAUCAACGGCACAUAUAUGCCCAUUCUCUUUGAGAGUUUGUGUGAUCCUAUCGUCUCCGGCCGUGAGGAGCUGGGCAUGCCUAAGUUAUUCUGCGACCUGACCAUGUACCGAAGAGCGAAUUCCGCCAGAGUCAUCGCCUCAUGGCGAGGGGCCCAGUUUGCCGAGUUCGUGCUGCCGGAACUGCAGGAAGACGAUCCGUCAACAGAGCACGGCACCAUCGGCGGCGAAGCGGACUACGGUAUUCUGGUCUACCGGUACAUCCCCGCGGUCGGUGUGCCCGGGAAAUCUGACGCUGAAUAUGCCGUGGUGGUGCCGCACGAGGAGGAGUCGAAGGUGCAGAGCGCCAAGGUGAGCACUGUGGCGAGGUCGAAGACGGCGAGCGUCAAGAUUGAUGCUUUGGACUGGGAUGCUCUGCCAACUUUACAUCACGUCACGUCCGUAUUGGCGCAAAUCCCUAUUUACGAAGUCGUCAGCGCGAAGGUGGUGGAGGGGACGGGUGUCCCCGAUGUCUCUUCGGCGAGGAGGAUUGAGUAG